AUGUUACAUGCAGAGGUUAUAAUCAUGGUGUUCUUCGACGUAAAACUACUUCCACUACUUAUCAUCCUUUUCAACUCAGUUUGGUCCCCAAGUUCAAAUUCAAUUUCUGAAAGCUUACUUCAAUGUCUUUCCACUCACCUAAAGCAUUCUAACUCAAGUAAGGAAAUAAUCUUAACCAGAAACAGUUCUGCUUAUUCCUCAAUCUUGCAAUCUUCCAUACAGAACCUCAGAUUCUUGAACAAUUCAACGCCAAAACCCAAAGUUAUCGUUACUCCUUUCCAUGAAUCUCAUGUUCAAGCAGCAGUUAUUUGCUCCAAGAAACAUGGCAUACAAAAAAGAUUCCAAAGUGGGGGCCAUGACUACGAGGGCCUAUCUUAUGUAUCAUAUGCUCCUUUCAUCAUCAUUGUUCAGACCAUCCAUAUUGACGUAAAGAAUGAGAGUGCAUGGGUCGAAUCCGGUGCUACACUUGGUGAAUUGUAUUACUUAAUAGCACAAAAAAGUAAUGUACAUGAAUUUCCAGCAGGGUCUUGUCCCACAAUGGGUGUGGAAGGACAUAUUAGUGGAGGUGGAUUUGGUACCAUAUUCAGGAAAUAUGGUCUAGCAGUUGACAAUGUCAUUGAUGCUAGGAUUGUUGAUGUCAAUGGCAGAAUUCUCAGCAGAAAGUCCAUGGGAGAAGAACUCUUAUGGGCUAUCAGAGGAGGAUGA